UCAUCCAUCCAUUCAUAGUCAUACACAGAAAUUCUAUAGCUCCAAGAUCUCCUCUAAGACGCUUCUUUGUGAUUCAUUUUAUUCUCUUUCAUUGAUAUACAAACACCAUGGAAAAGAGUUUCUUGUCUGAAUACAAACAAUCUUCUUCUCUCACUUUCUUUGCUCUGAUCAACUUGUUCCUUAUCAAAUUUGGCAGAUGGGUUUCUUCUACCCGCAUCUUUUUAUUCAGAUUCUUUACUCUUCUUCAACACCAUCAACGUGUUUCACACAAACAUGAGAAUUUAACCAAACACCACAUAGAAGAACAACAAGAAGAAGAGUAUGAUGAUCUCUGUAGAGAAGACGCAGAGAUGGUUAUGAGAAGGUUAGGACUUUCUACCGACCAAGAAAGCGAUGAGCUUCAAGAACGCUACAGUUCCACGGAGAUCUCAAGUUUGUUCAAAAGUAAUGAAGCGAGCUUAGCGGAAGUGAAGCAAGCUUUUGAUGUCUUCGAUGAAAACAGAGAUGGCUUUAUCGACGCUACAGAGUUGCAGAGAGUUUUGACAAUCUUAGGUUUCAAAGAAGCAUCUCACCUAGAGAAUUGCUCGGCUAUGAUCAGAUCAUCAAAUGAUAACAAAGAAGAGAGAAUCGAUUUUAACGGAUUUGUGAAAUUCAUGGAGAAUAAUAGCUUGUGAUAAAUCAGAUAUGGUUUAUCUAUUCUUUUGUUUCAUUUAACAUAUAUCUGCUUCUUGAUUCUCAUGUUUUUCUUUGUUUUUUUUUGGGAUGAAAUUUUGUAAUUGCUAUAACACUCAUAUGCCAUUAAUCAAAACUUUCAUGAUAUUU